CCGUCUGCUUCCUCCGACCGGAUCAGCCCCGCAGCCCGGAGCGUUCGAGCCGUCGAGGAGCCGCCUGGGGACGUUUGCCCCAGGGCCCAGCCUUGUCUGGACACCCUGGCGCUGCCCGGUGUGUGACGCCAUGGGCCUGCGGCUCCCGAUCUUGCUGCUCCUGCUGUGCUGUGUCUCCGGCCUGCCUUUCUACAACGGCUUCUACUACUCCAACCGUCCCAACGGCCGGAACCUGGACAACGGCUACAGCGAAGGCAUCUUCAAUGGAGUGAAGCUGGUGGUAGAGACGCCCGAGGAGACCCUGUUCUCCCACCGAGGGGCCAACGUGACCCUGCCCUGCCGCUACCACUACAAGCCGGCCCUGGCCUCUCCGCGGCCCGUGCGCAUCAAAUGGUGGAAGCUGUCGGAGAACGGGGUCCCGGAACAGGACGUGCUGGUGGCCAUUGGGCUGAGGCAGCGCACCUUUGGGCAUUACCGAGGUCGGGUGCGCCUACGGCAGGACAGAGCGCGGGAAGUGUCGCUGGAGAUCUGGGACCUGCGGCUGGAGGACUACGGGCGCUACCGCUGCGAGGUCAUUGAUGGGCUGGAGGAUGAGAGUGGUCUCGUGGAGUUGGAGCUUCGGGGUGUGGUCUUUCCUUACCAGCACCCCCAAGGGCGCUACAAGUUCAACUUCCACGAAGCCCAGCAGGCCUGUGAGGAGCAGGACGCGGUGGUGGCCUCCUUCGAGCAGCUGUUCCGGGCCUGGGAGGAGGGCCUGGACUGGUGCAAUGCGGGCUGGCUGCAGGAUGCCUCGGUGCAGUACCCCGUCACACAGGCCCGGCGCCGCUGCGGAGGCCUGGGCCUGGCGCCCGGCGUGCGCAGCUACGGCCCGCGCCACCGCCGCCUGCACCGCUAUGACGUGUUCUGCUUUGCGGUUGCCCUCAGGGGGCAGGUGUACUACCUGGAGCACCCUGAGAAGCUGACGCUGGCAGAGGCAAGGGAGGCCUGCUGGGAAGACGGAGCCCAGAUCGCAAAGGUGGGCCAGCUGUUUGCCGCCUGGAAGUUCAGUGGCUUGGACCGCUGCGAUGCUGGCUGGCUGGCAGACGGCAGUGCCCGCUACCCUGUGGCCCACCCACGUUCCAACUGUGGGGCCCUGGAGCCUGGGGUCCGAAGCUUCGGCUUCCCAGACCCACACAGCCGCAAGUACGGCGUCUACUGCUACCGGCCACGCUAACGCCAGGUCGCCCCCUCCCCUCAUGGGCUGUAUUUAUUGAGUAGUUCGUUUUCCCUUGCAGGUUGGGGCAAUUUUCAUCUUGUUUUUAUACUUUCCAACUUAAAAUUAUUUUUAAAUAUUAUUUUUUGGGUAAAUCCCACAGAUCCCAAAUCGUCCCUUUACUCGGGUCCCUUUACCAAGGCUCUCACCCUCCUUGAAUCCUCCUAUCUCUCUCCUCUGGGACGUUUGAGGUCCUUGGGUUCAUGAGCGCUCUCUGCCAUCACUGAAUCCAUCCCCUUUCCCAGCCCCGGGGAGGCUGUUUCCAGAGCCAGCAGUGGCAGGGGGAGCCAGGGCUGUGACUUGUCCUCCGCCUCCACCUGGGGACGAGAGGGCAGCCA